AGCUGGAGCGAAACGGCUCGGCUUUAAAGCCCUCUAAAAACCACACUACAAAUGUAUUUAUUACCAAAAAUAAAAACAACGGAUAUAUGCGUGGUUUGAUUUGAACUUUGCAAGUCCUCAAUUCCUCUCUCUCUCUCUCUCUCUCUCUCUCUAUAUAUAUAUAUAUACACGCGUAUGUGUAGGAGCUUUCAUUUCUUCUUUUUCAUUUAUUUCAAUUCAAUCAUUAAAAUUGGGUAGGCAAAGGUUUCAUACCUGUAAAGUUUGUGAGCCUCUUCACAACUUUGAGUACAAGUCCUGAAUGCCUUGGAGUUUGAGACUUUCUGCUUGUUUCCUUUCUUAAGGGGAAGAAGUAUAAACAAUCGACCUUCAGAUUUAAAGAUACAUGCACGAUGAGCUAAUUCAUUGCAAGGUAUCCAUCGUUGAACCAGGAGAGUAACAAGAGUUGCUGAGGUCAUAUUCGAAUCAUUGAUAUGAUUAGCAAAUACCCCACACUGAAGCUCCUCAUGAAGCUCCAAUCCUUUCAAGUGGUUACUUCCAU